UUGAAUCAGGAGGGGUUACUGGACGGCUUUCUUUCUUUGUAUGAUGAAUGUGGUCACGAUUAUUUAUAUAGAAAUGCUAAUGUCUCCUGUUUUAUUAAAAAAUAUAAAAACACAAUAAGUAAAGUAAAAGAAUUAAGAGUCAAUUCAGGAGAUUUUGAAGUAAAAAAUGUUGUGGGACGUGGACAUUUUGGUGAAGUACAAGUUGUAACUGAGAAAUCUACUGGGAUGGUUUUUGCUAUGAAAGUUUUACGGAAAGCUGAUUUGCUGUCACAACCUGAUAUAUCAUUUUAUGAAGAAGAACGAGAUAUCAUGGCUCAAGCGUCAAGCGCGUGGAUUACCAAGUUACAUUACGCUUUCCAAGAUUCCAGCCAUCUAUAUCUGGUGAUGGAUUUUCAUGCUGGAGGAGAUUUACUCUCACUUCUUUCCAGACAUGAUGAUGUUUUGGAAGAGAAAAUGGCUCAGUUUUAUUUAGCUGAGAUGUCUAUAGCUAUUAAUACAUUACAUGACAUGGGCUAUGUUCACAGGGAUAUUAAACCAGAGAAUAUAUUGAUAGACCAAUCAGGACACAUCAAAUUGGCAGAUUUCGGUUCCGCAGCUAAAAUGUCUGUAGACCAAUUGGUAUGUUCUAGGAUGCCAGUGGGUACACCAGACUAUGUGGCUCCUGAAUUACUAACUUCAAUGAAUCUAGCCCGUGGUUCGAGAGCGUAUGGUGUGGAGGUUGAUUGGUGGUCACUAGGAAUCUGUGCCUAUGAGAUGUUAUGUGGUAAAACUCCGUUCACUGAUGAACAUGGCUCCAUGGUAACUACCUAUAGCAACAUCAUGAAUUAUUCCAGUAACCUUAACUUCAAUGCAGAAAAUAAUGUGAGUGAAGCAGCUCAGUCGUUAAUAAAACAAUUACUAACAUCAAGAACUGCCAGAUUAAGUUGGAAAGGAAUAAAACAUCAUCAGUUUUUUCAUGAUUUAGAUUUUGAUCAAAUUAGAAAUGUUGAUCCACCAUUUAUUCCAACCAUCUCUAGUUUGGACGACACGUCAAAUUUUGACGAAGUGGAAAAAAUACGCCAACCACCAAAUCUGGAAGAAUUUAAAUCACAACGAGAGUUUUCUGGGAAAGAUUUGCCAUUUAUUGGGUUUACUUACAUACGAAGCAAUGAAGAAAAAGAGAAAUCUGAAAAGGCUGUUGCA